AGGUGUUGUACAUACUGUGUCUAUAUCAUUAGAAGUAAUUCGCGAUUUAUUUUUAACACACCGGUCCCUCUUUUCUCUUUUCUAGCGAUUAAACAAACGGUGCAGUGACCUAGAAGAUGAUGUGAUCUGAUGGAUAUUUGUUAAUUUUUUUUCUGUCCCCCCUAUAAUUAGACCAGGGGUAUGGGCCCGUAGCAUCGCUGCCCCGCUGUCUUUUGGUCUCCACCAAUCGCUAGAGGUUACUGGGCCAGUUUCGGGAUAUAUAGAGAUAAAAACUAUACAGUUUUUAACAGUGGAGAUUUUGUUUACAAACAAAUCAGGUGACAGUGAUAAGAAACAUUGAAGGAUGAACACCAAACAAUGCAGCUGUAGCUCUGUCAGUGCCCUCGUGCCUCCAUCACCCUGCCCAAGCGAAUGCCCGGAUAUACACUUCACGCUGGCCACUUCCGGGAGCGAGAGUUCCUUCAAAAGGCCCCGGAGCCCCGAUUCCACGAGUUCCGACAAGAGUUAUCUUUCCACGGGAAGUUACAGCUUUCCAUCAACGUUAUACAGAACAGUGACAUUAUUACUUUUGGUCGUCUGCAUCGCUCUGUCUGCAGCCGUCAUUUCUCUGUUCCUUCUGAUCUCCGACCUCAGAAACAAACUUGAUGACGAGAUAGAGGGCCAUGGCGGGGUCUCGGGGAGUUUCUGUAUCCCCUGCGCCGAUCUGAAGUUUGGACCGUUUCCAGAGGACAAUGAACACCUGACCAAGCUAAGUAAGAAAAUGGUCAACGGAGUGGAGGUCUGCUGUGGAAACUCCCCCAACCAAACGUCCGCCAUCUUGGGUUUGGUAGUAGAAAAGAAAAAGAAUGUAUCCUGCGCAAAAGCUAUGAUUCAAGGGCAAGAAAGACUUCAAGCAGAGAACAACUCGACACAAAAGUCGCACGGACAGGUUGCAGCGCACCUUCUAAUUGGACCUCAGACCCCAGUUUCAGGUCAAGCGGCAGUUCGCAAUUGGCUGACUGUGGACCCGGUAGCUCACAUACGAGGCGUCCAGCUGAGGAACGAUCGGAUCCGUGUCAACAACUCGGGGCUCUAUUAUCUAUACAGCCAGGUUUACUUCCUGUCGCUGUACUUCGGCGGAAAUAGUCCCGGUGCUACAACGCUGUAUCACUACGUUUAUCGAUACAAUGUGAUUUACCCUAACGGCGGAGAGGAACUACUUCUCAAGAGCGUAAGGACACAAUGCUGGGAGCGUAAUAAAGAGUACGACGAUUACACGAGUUUUACAGGCGGCGUAUUUCGAUUAAAUGUUGGUGACGAGAUUUACGUUAAAGUUUCAAAUAUCAGUCAAGUUUCUCAAGAUCCCAAAGCGACAUUCUUCGGUAUGUUCAAAUUAGGAUGAAUUGAAUGUUCUGUUGUUGCCAUAAUGUUGGCAGACCUUUCACUUUCCCUAAACAUGGUAUUCCUUAAAAAAAAACAAGCGAUGAUCCCCAAAGUUAUACGAUAUUGAAGUAGAUGGGGAAAUUUGUGUUUGCCGAUGUUGUUGCAACGGACAAUAUUGGGCAAGCUGAGCGGCAUUAAUACACAGACUGUGUGGGGUCUCUGUUUUACACCCCCCCUCUCCCACCCAAACAAUCGUAAUGUGUACAUACGUUUAUAUACAAAACAUGCACUUUGGCCGUCCAUAGAAAGUGAUAUAUGAAUGAGUACCAGUGAACUGUUUUUUGUUUUUAUUUGACACAUUGACAUGUAUUUACCCUUUUGUGUUUCUAUAUUUUGUUGUUAUCAUGCGUGUAUCGCAUGGCUUUAUCAAAAUUCACUGACGCCCCUAGCCAUGUAUUGUGAAUGCUUCCCGGGUCAGUCGUGGGGUGUUAUGACAUGCGGUGAUUAUAUUAAGUUUAUCUAUAGUUGUGAUAAAAUAUAUGAAAUAUAUAGAUAUGUUUAUAAUAAUUAUCAUUCGAAUUCCGGUGACAAAAAUGUUUACAAACAUUGCGCACUUUUACUUUUGUCUAUGUUGACAUUCAUUUUUUUUAUUUAUCUGUAAUAAUAGAAGGGCAUGUUAUGAGUUCUGUGCAUUUGCAUCUGAUCAUAUCAACAUGUGAAUGCUCAAAAUAAAUAAAGAUAACCUACGACUUUG